AUCCUCAAACUAGCCUCGUACCUGCAACCCAUAACUUGCCAUGGAUAUCAAGCAAAUCGAGGCGCUGUCCUCUGUGAUCUCGGCCUCGGCUGCUCAGCUCAAGGAGCUGCAGGAUUCCCUCAAAACGACCCAGCACUCUGCUUCUACUGCGCGUGCGGAAUUCUUGAAGCCCUCCUUGGAGGUCGUGGCAGCUGCAUCCCAGCUGAUCGCUCUAGUGCGCACUCCUGAGCGUUACCUCAUGGACAUGUCGACUGGACACCAAUUGAGCUCAUCACUUCGUGUUGUUGUUGAGACAAAUGUUGUCGAAAUCCUGCGGGAAAAGGGCAAGGGACCAAAGAAAGCGCUGCACAUAAAGGAGAUCGGCGCUUACAACCGCGUCAACUACCUGAAGCUCGGCAGGGUUAUGCGCCUUCUCGCCACACACCAUGUCUUUGAGGAGGUUUCGCCCAAUGUAUUCGCUAACAACACCAUCUCGUUGGCCAUGGACACUGGCAAGUCACUCGCUCAGCUGGAGGCUGCUCCUGAAGAGAAGUACGAUGGUUCCAACGGCAUCGCAGCCUUGGUUGGUCUCUUCUCCGACGAGACCAUGCACAACUCCGUCGGCAUCGCCGAAAUCCUGAAAAGCCCUGAAACCACCAAUUCGUUCUCACCGUUCGAUGCUCCAUUCUCGAUUGCUUGGCCUGGGACACGAAACAUCAAGAUGUAUGACUGGUUGAACCUGCCUGAGAACAAGCCGCGAUUGAAGCGGUUCGGUAUGGCAAUGAACGGAAUGAACAGCAUGACGCCUCCGGAUGCCAUUCUCCGUGGUUUCAAUUGGUCCAGCCUGGCGCCCGGAAGCAUUGUUGUUGACUGUGGAGGAGGCGUCGGCUCUGUCUCGCUGCCCAUCGUUCAAACAUGCCCACAGAUCCAUCUCAUUGUGCAGGACACGGGCCCUGUGGUGGCGGAAGCCCCUGCGUUCUGGAAAGCCAACCAGCCGGAAGCUCUCGCUCAGGGAAGAGUGUCGUUCCAGGCGCACAACUUCUUCGAACCUCAACCCGCCGAGAACACCAACAUUGCCGUCUACCUGCUCCGCAUGAUCAUGCACAACUGGCCAGACGCUGAGUGUGUGCAGAUCCUGAAGCGCGUGCGCGCAGCCUGCACCCCAAACACACGUAUCGUCAUUGUCGACAACAUUAUGCUGUACGCGUCGCGGGAUCAGACAGUGGAAGGCGCAGACGUCGGCGCACAAGACCCAGAUGCUCUUGCUCCGGAACCGCUGCUCGCUAACUGGGGUGCCGCUAACUCUCUCUCAUACAAGCAGGACAUCAACAUGCUGAGUAACCACAACGCCUGCGAGAGGACCGUCCCAGAGUUCGCCGACCUGCUCGGGCCAGCGGGAUUCAAGAUCGUCGAGGUUCACCAAGCACACCAGAGCUGGCUGCCGCAGAUCGUGGCUGUCCCUAUAUAAUCAUCUAACAGGGAUGACGUGUUAGCUUUCGCCAUAUUCACCGGCGCGUGCUAGGGGGCUUCGGGAAAAGAGUCGUCGUCGUGUUCAACCACUGUUUCAUCGUUCAUAUGUAUCUGUAGAAUGUAACAUUACCACUGGCCAAUGCAAAGAACUUCAACGUCGCAAUG